GGAGAGGAGAGGAGAGGAUUAUGAUAAUAUGAAAUGAAAGACGUUUGGUGACUUUGACGUAGGGAAUAUCAUAGGGAGGAGAUUGCAUGUGCAGAGGCGUAGAGAUUUUUGUAAUCAUACUAGCGUAGAGGUGGCCCAUUCAUUUUCCAAGAGGAUGAGGGGCAGUGGAGAGAAUGAAAAUGAUGGAGAAAAUAGAAAAUUGUGUAUAAAUCAAGCUGUAACCAAGUUGCUCUAGGGUCCCCAUGUGGUGAAGGAGCAGGUCUUUCGGGUACGGCUCCCUAGGCCACGGGUCACAAACUUUAAAUACUCCUCCCCAAACCACAUUUUCUCAGUUCCAUUUGUCCCCCAUUGCUGCUGCGCUUUUGGGACACAUUAUGCUGGGUUCUUCACAAUUGGGCAUUCCUUGUGCUGGUGGUGUAUUGAUGGUGACUUGGUGUGAUUUGUACAGGAAAGAGAUACUUGGAUGUUCGUUAUAGAGAACGGGUGGUUGGGAACAGGGCAGAGGAUUUAAAAGGGGGAUAUAUUGAUAAUGGAGCGGACGGGCAGGGGAGUAUUGAAAUGGACAUUUGUAUCUGUGUGCACAUUGUGCAUUUUGCUGGUGGGUUUUUCAGGGGUCACCAGAAACGAAGAAAAGCCUGGUCGGGAAACCGGGCUAGAGAAGAGGCAUGAGCCCAAUGGUGGGAUGAUGCGGGUGAAGCUGAUGCACAAAAACGACCAUGAUUCGCCUUUCAGGAAGCCGGGUGAAACCCGGCUAGAGUCAUUGCGGUUUCAUCUCCGGCAGGACAGACUCCGUCUUGCAGCUUUCUCAAGGUCCCUAGAGAGCACCACUUCUUAUAAUGAAGCAGAGUCGCCGGAGGCAGAGGCGGAGCCACCGGGCGAUUCAGAGGCAGAGCCACCGGGCGGACCAGACCACCCGCAGGACGAAAUCCGGGCACCGAUAUUCUCAGGCUCGUUUGUGGGCUCCGGGCAAUACUUCGUGGAUGUGCACAUUGGUACUCCACCGAAGCGAUUUCUUCUGAUCGCCGACACGGGCAGCGACCUGGUGUGGGUAAACUGUCACUACCACUCGAGAACCCGCCGCCGGAAUUCCAUCGCCCGGAUCUUCGACUCGGGCACCUCGUCGACAUUCUCCCCUGUUUCCUGCGCUGCUGAGGAGUGCCUUCUGGUUCCCCCUCCACCCAGUGCCCCCUGCAGCCUCCGCCAUCCGACGAGCUGCAAGUACAUGUACAAGUACUCCGACCGCUCCGACAGCAGCGGCGUCUUUGCCUACGAGACGCUCACAAUCAACGCCUCUUCCAAUGCCGACUCCCCCUCCGACGGAAUCCGAAUCCCCAGCGUCGCAAUGGGCUGCAGCACCCGCCGUCACGGGCAGAGCUUCCAUGGAGCAGACGGAGUCAUUGGAUUGGGGCAAGGCCCAAUAUCGUUUUCCUCCCAAAUCGGCCAUAUGUACGGCGACAAAUUCUCCUACUGUCUCGUCGACCAUCUGAAUGGCCCUUCGACCAGCUCUAAUUACCUCGUCUUCGGCCACAGGGCCGUCGACCAUAGCUUACAGUACACUCCCAUCCAGAAAAAUCCAGCCGCUGCGCCUGACACUUAUUACUACGUUGGCAUCGUGGGCGUCAAUGUGCACGGCACACGGUUGCCCAUUCCGCAUAGCGCCUGGCUCGUCGACAGUCGCGGUAACAGAGGGAGCAUUGUGGAUUCUGGAACGACUCUGACUUAUGUUCUGGAGCCCGGAUAUGGGAUUCUUCUUGCUGCUUUUGAACAACUGGUGUGCUACCCGAGGCUCAAGCUCGACCCAUUCGAUCUGUGUUUCAAUUCCUCAGGGAUUGCAAAUCCUCGGCUGCCUGAUUUCUCCAUCGACUUCGAUGGCGGUGCUUCUUUCCGACCCGACGUCGACAACUACUUCAUCGAUGCAGCGCCUGACAUCAAAUGCCUCGGGAUUCUCGGCAGUUCGAGUCCGCUUGGGCUCAAUGUGAUCGGAAACAUAAUGCAGCAGAAUUUCUUCAUCGAGUUCGAUCGCCGGAAUUCCAGACUGGGAUUCGCAAGGACAGAUUGCUCUAAAAAUUGAGAUUUUUUCUGUGCACCGUUCGUUCGUUCGUUUUUUUAAUUUGGUUUGUGUAAUUAGUGUGUCGGAUUCCAACUCUCGCCCAUCGAACCGUUCUCGGGAUGUUUUAUGGCUUUUGCAUUGGCAUUGAUGUGUGAAGUACAUUUUGAUCUAAUCCUCUGAUAAAUUCAUUCAUUCAAUUAAGAAGUUUAAAGCUGCUGCAUUGUAUUAAAUGCUCUCUGUGCCACACAAGUUGGAACUGCAAUUGAAGGAUUUUUUUAAUGAACUGGGAUUUGGAAGAAAA